UGGUGUCAGUGGUUGUGUUUAUGUCGUGUUUCUGACAUUCAAUGUCAGUUGUGGUUUUCUUUGUGACGAUUGUAUUUGUUGUAAGCACCCGAAAAUGCGAGAGAAGGUUUGUUUGCUGCUCCUCGCUGUGACAAGUGUCAGGGAAGUUAUAUGCUCUGAUUACUCGGUUGUCAUGACCAGCGAUAGUCCAAUUGUGACUGGGGCCUCCAUCAGUUUCCAUGCCAAACUUUACAAAGGAAACCAGCUGGCCGAGGGUAACUACAGGUAUGAGUGGAUCGAUGAUGCAAUCCCAAGGCACGCAGGCACUUUGGAUUCUGAAACUGGAGAGAUUUCGUGGAGUGCAGAUUUCUCGGAUAAAAUCCAUUAUCCACCUGGGCCUUACGUAAUGCAACUCACCAUUUACAAGGUGUACCUUUUAUAUCCAUGGAUGAUUACUUCUCAGAGAUUGAUAUUUAAUUUAACAGAAAAUUUGAAUGGAAAUUUGGAGUCUUAUCAGAAUCAGGUCCAAGUGAAUUCUAAUUUCGUGUCGAAUGCAACAACGGUGGUGCAUAAGGUGUCUCUGAAGAAGACGGAUCAAGAAUAUCUGGAUUCGACUGCAACCAAAGUUCUUACGUAUUGGUUUAUCGGCUGCGAUUAUUACGGACCUUCGGAUAAUUACGAAUUCUCGAGGAAUUAUACUACGGUCGAUGAAGAGUAUACGGUUGGGGCUAUUGUCUGGGCCACUUUCGAACCGAUCCCGGUGACGACGACACCGGCGCCCACGACCACAACAAUCAAACCAAAUGCAACAACUGCAGCACCGACGACAACAACCAGCGUCGUUCCGAAUGUUGCCAAUGUGGAGAAGACGAGGCACAGAAGGGAUUUGGAGAAGGAUAUCGUUGGUAAAUUUCGCGGAAAGUACAUGAGCUUGAACGAGAGCACGGCGUACAACGAAUCGUUCCCGUUCUUCUGCAGCAACAACACCAUCAUCGCUUUGGGUCCUAAUCUGACUUACGGGGUUUUCACCACCAAAGUCUCAGUGAAACAGCCAAUCUCUAAUAUCUCGGUGACUGGGAACAAUUGGAUCCGACACAGCGAUAUGCUUCAGCUGUCGGUCGGAUGUCGCGGAUCGUCCGGCUUCAAAUACUGCUACAGCUUCAGAGAUGGUGUGUACAACGUCACAGGAAACGAGACCUGCGACACUCAGAAUCUCAUAGAAAAGUGCCAAUUCCCCAUAAACAGGCUGUUCAUCACCGAUAACACGGACGUACACACCGUGAUCAUAAUCAUCAGCAAUGAAGUCAGUAAAAUGGUUUAUCCAGUGACUGUCAACGUUUACAAAGCUACCAAACAAGCUCAGCUCUCGGUGAUUGUCGUUCCAGUCGUCUUCAGUCUUGCCGCCGUCGUGUUGAUCGUCUUCGGCGUUGCAUAUUACUUCCAAAAUCGGUCAAGGUUUACAGUUGAAGUGGCAGAUUUCAAUUUCGGACAGCAGUAUGCCGAUAUGGAGUACAAGACGUUCUCGGAGAGGCUCAAGGAUUCCAUGUCAAAUGCGUUUACUCGAGCUUCAAUCCCCGGCGGAUCCUUCGAGGAGACUGUUUGGCCCCCCGGUCACAAGUACGGCAGUAUGACAUAAGCGCUAUGGGGGAAGAGGCUGAGAAAUACUCGAGUCUAUUCGGGUAUGGACAGUACGUUAUGUGAUUAUAUAUGAUAUAUAAAAAGUAUAUUUAUAUUUUUUAUUUUUGUAGAGUUUAAACGUUAAUUGGCUGUAUGUAAAUAGAAUAUCGUUUUUAUAUAUAUAUAUAUAUAUUGUAUACACUUACUAUUAUCUCUAUCAGUUUGAGAGUUUAUAAAUUAUAAUGUGUAAGGCCCGCGAAGUAUGCAAUGGCACUAAAUAUCUAUCAUAUUUGUUUUCUACAUAAUUAUUAAGAGAAGAUGGAUAAACCAUGUUACUGCAUAUAUAAUACGUACGGUGCUCGUAGUUAGUAAAUGAAAUACUAUUACUGACUUUGUUUUGCUGAAUACAAUUCAGGCUUUAAAGAGAGAUUUCCAACACGAGAUGUGUCAAUUUCAUCCAUUCGAGAGAACAGGAACAAAAAAAAACUAAUAUGUAUACGUUGGAGACGCCCAAUGACGCGGAUGAAAUCAAAUCAAUACGGGAUGUUCCUCACAAAAAAUCAAUAAAUAGAAUGAAAACAUUGUUAAUUGUAUAACUUUUAGUAAGGAUUUUAUAAUGAUUUCUGCUGUUUUGAUACACAAACUUACAAUUUACAAUGUUAGAUAUAUAUAUAUGUGUAGAGGAAGGGAGAAAAGAAUCAACAUGUUUUUAAGCACUAAUUAUUGUCAUUAGUUUUAUAUUUUAAUCUACUUAGAGAGGAUGAAAUAUAUGUACAAGGUGAUACAAAGUUA